ACAAACGUGAGAGAGAGAGAGAGAGAGAGAGAGAGAGAGAUUGAGAGCAGCAAUGGCAUCAUCAAGGGUGGCCUUCCGACCGGAGCUCUUCCUUUCCUUGCAGUCAUCGAGCUCCAAAAGGGGCGGCGUUGUUAGAUCUCAACGCGUCUCCAUGGCUUCCACCAUACCAUCCUCGAAGGUUGAGAAUCAGAAAAAGCCUUACAAGCCUCCCCGUGAGGUCCAUGUUCAAGUUACUCAUUCCAUGCCACCUCAGAAGAUUGAGAUCUUCAAAUCAUUAGAGGAUUGGGCGGACGAUAACAUCUUGGUACAUCUGAAGCCUGUGGAGAAGUGUUGGCAACCACAGGAUUUUCUCCCAGAUCCUUCCUCAGAGGGAUUUUAUGAACAAGUUAAUGAACUGAGAGAGCGGGCCAAGGAGAUUCCUGAUGAUUAUUAUGUGUGUUUGGUUGGGGACAUGGUUACCGAGGAGGCUCUCCCUACUUAUCAAACAAUGCUCAACACCCUUGACGGUGUCAGGGAUGAAACUGGUGCAAGCCUUACGUCUUGGGCUACCUGGACUCGGGCAUGGACUGCUGAAGAGAACCGACAUGGGGACCUUCUUAAUAAGUAUCUGUAUCUCUGUGGAAGAGUUGACAUGAAGCCAAUAGAGAAGACAAUUCAGUACCUGAUUGGUUCUGGAAUGGAUCCAAUGACUGAAAAUAGUCCCUACCUUGGUUUCAUCUAUACCUCCUUCCAAGAGCGAGCAACUUUCAUCUCUCACGGAAACACUGCUAGGCAUGCCAAGGAAUACGGUGAUGUUAAUCUGGCACAAAUAUGUGGAAUUAUUGCAUCAGAUGAGAAGCGCCAUGAGACAGCAUACACCAAAAUUGUAGAGAAGUUAUUUGAGAUAGACCCAGAUGGCACUAUUCUUGCUUUUGCAGAUAUGAUGAGGAAGAAGAUCUCAAUGCCAGCUCACCUGAUGUAUGACGGCCAGGACGACAGCCUUUUCCAGAACUUCUCAUCAGUGGCGCAGCGGUUGGGUGUCUACACAGCAAAAGACUAUGCCAAUAUACUCGAGUUUCUUGUGGACAGGUGGAAGGUGGAUCAACUGACUGGCCUUUCUGGAGACAGUAGCAAGGCUCAGGACUACAUCUGCACUCUGGCACCAAGAAUCAGGAGACUCGGAGAGAGAGCUCACGGAAAGGCCAAACAAGCAUCAACCAAAUCCUUCAGCUGGAUUCACGGCCGGGAAGUUCAACUUUGAGCAAACUCUACAAUCCAAAGAGAUUCAGUUUUGAGUUGCUAAACACUGCAUCAUUUCACUGUCUAUGGUUUUUCUCUGAACCGUCGAUUGGUUAACCGGGAUGGUUGAUGGUUGUAGAUACUACCCAAUUGCAACAUCAAUGGAAUUAAGGUAGUGUUUACUGUUUUGGAAAGCUCUAUGUAAUAAAACUUUUUACUUCUUUUUUCCUACUUGUCUUAGUCUAAACCAUGUUGAAUGUGAGUUUGAUGACUUCAGUUCUUUCUGCUAAAUUUCUAAUACAUUGUUUUGCAAGAGCAUUAUCUUUUCA